CGACCUCUACACAACUCUGACUCUUCAGGUAUGCUGCAUUAAGCUUGAGGAACAGGUACAGCUCACAUUCUGCUCAGCAGACAGUGUGAAAAUCUGCUCAGGGGGUUUGGAUAACACCUUAACCACCUUUACUCUUUACUCUCCACACACAUCAACACAUCAGCAGGUCUUCACAGAUCUCAAAUCACUCAGGAAUAUCGUAAAGAUCAGCAUCAAUCAAUCAAUCCCAUAGACACGCCCAUGGCGAUCUAACGGAGAGAUCUCCACUCUAAAUUGCAGAACCAGAAACUUCCUUCACUUGACUUUUUUCCCCGUCGUAACCCCUGUUCUGAAAAUCAUGAAUCUCUCAUUGGACAACCCUUACGGUGAUGUCAGCAUUCCCCGAGCCAAGCUGCGCUCGUACGACGACUCCAGCACGGUCAUCAUUAACCCCAUGACACUGGAGAGCUCGUACAACGGGAAGUCUUCCCCAAACCCGUACGGCAGUUUCAAAGUCCAGGGAGGGGACGCUCCGUCCGGCGUGCCCGUCUACGGACAGGCUAAAGACAACAACCUGAACGGCAGCUACACCAUAAAGGAGGACGAGGAGCAGGUGAGCCGCUGCUAUGCUUGCUGCUGCCGCUGUCGCAGGAAGAAGUGAGAACGCGUGGUGGAAAUCGUGGACUUUGCAUGAUUUGCAUUCGAAAGAAUAACGGAGUUAUGAAUUGCCUUUUAAACUGGAGCUGCUAGUUGAAUUAUUGACAACAAAGAACGUCCGUCUUCCCAAGAGCCUGCUGAAAAGUGGAUAUUUAGCAAAGACUGCGUUAUUAAAAGAUUGUUUAGGUUUGCAAACAGAACAGUGUUAACACUAUAUGAUGUAUAUUUGAGUUAAAAGUGGUCUUAGAAUGGAACUUUCUCGUUGUGCCUGAUGCCUUUGAACAAGUAUGAUGACAUGUCUACGGUAAUUUAUUUUCAUCCCCCUACUUAGGAAAGUCAUUCUGCCCCUUUGAUCAGUUUCAACGUGCUUGAUUACAAGCAGUAUUGAAAUUCCUUGCCUUCGUUACACUAUUCAGGUUUGUGCUCGGGGAUCCCUCAAGGCUCAACUCUGAGACCACUCAUCUUGAUCGUUGCGCUUCUGUGAUUCUUUGUAUACUGGUGGAGGAACAAGACCAAGUUUCAGGUGAACCACACCCUGCUAGAGAGUGCAAUUUUUCCACCCAGUUUCACCCGCAUGCUGGGACGCAUACGAAUGGAAAACCAGUAAUGCAUUUCUGGUUAGGGAUAAAGAUCGGGAAUACACACAAUUCCUCACACAUCAAGAUCUAAAUUGGUGUGCAGUGUGGUCUAAGAGCAUCUGCUUAAAAUUGGAAAUAAUCUUUUCUUUAAAAAUUUUAAACAUUUUAAAACAACGCAAGGAAAUGAUCAGAAUUUUGAAUAUUCAGGAUGCAGGACUGUUUUUGUUCAAAAGGUCACAUUUUCUUCCAGUCUUUCCCUUCCAGUGAAGCACGUGUUCAGGUGACACUGAAAUGGGAAAAACUAUGUAAAUAUUUAUACGAUCCUACUAUUCAUUCAAAGUUGUUGCGGAUAAUAUUAUCUGAAAUGUAUUAAAUUAGAAACGCAUGCAAAAAAAAAAAUAGAAAAAAAGAAGAAAACCUUUGCACUAGUGCUCUCAGACUUGCAGACCCCACUGUAUGUUAAUGUGAAAUAUCAUUAAGGUCUCGUGACAAGGAAGAAAGAAAGGAAAUAUGUCGAGUCCUGACUCGAGAACCACAGGAAAUAACAAAGAACAGAUGCAGUAUAGGAAUAAAUAUAUUUACGUGAAAGCGACAAAACUAUUUUAAAAAAAUUCCUACCUGAUUAACACCACCACUGACAUCUGUAUUUCAGUUCCAGCCAUGUUUACGAUUUACACAAUAAGUUACAAUGGAAGUAGGGGUAGUUUUUAAUGUCAACACCUGGUUACAACUGCUGGUAAAUCAUGUAUACACCUGCAUUAGUCUGCAGGAAAAAAAGAAAAGAAAAGCAAUAUCAAAACAAGAGCUAUGGACUCUUUUUUUUUUUUUAACAGAUCAAAUGAAGGACCUACAUUAUGAAUGUGUUUAUAAUCUUGGGUGAGUGUCCUUAUAUUUUAAUUAUUAGCCUAUUACAUUAGUAGGCUAGUUAUGUUUGAAGCUACCAGUUUUCUCCAAAAAUGUAUUUUAUUUUGGUCUGGUAAGUUAUAUAUACAUAUAAUUUGUCUUAAAUAUCUUUAUAUCUUAAAUAUAAAAUGACAACAUGUUUAAAACUGUGGUUCCACACGUAUUAAAGGUACAACUGCUGAACGAGGCCUGGUUUUGACCAUCAUUCUUUAUGAUUAUGCUUGCUAGCUACCU